GGUGUUGCUGGUGAUGGGAAUGGUGUUGUUGGAGAAACGGUGAAAGAAGAGGCAUGUCGAGCACUUGCACCAGAAGGGAACUGAUGGAUUGUGGCAGUGCCAGCGCCAGCAAGCUCUUGAGUCUUCCCCUCCUCCAUAUCAUUCUCCUCUUUCCUCGCUGUUCUACUGUCAUGCAGCGGCAUUACAGCAGUGUCUCUUGCAUGUUCCCAUGUAGAACCUGUAAGCCAGCGGCGACACGCCGACAAUCAUCAGGAAUGGAAACUGUUGGCGGGCACUACUUACCUUUGUUCAUUCACUGCCUUCAAUUUUACCGAGAUACUUACUUACUUACUCUCCCGACUGGGCAGCAAAGCUGGAUUCAAGCUACACGGUAAGCUAGCUGAGAGGAUCUCGAAUGGACGGAUGGAUCGAUGGGUCGGCCAGUGGGAUGAGUGCAAAGGUUAAGAUGCAGGGCUGUAGAGGAGGGGGGAGACGGUAACGGGUUCUGCGGA